AUGUACCGUUACACCUUUUUCUUUUUUGAUUUGUUUCCGCUGUGGCCUGCACUUGAGGGUGCCGGAGAAGAGGCGGUAGAAGAAGAACCCGGAGAGUCGGGCCAGAACGUCGAUAUUGAGGGAGAAGAGGUCUAUGAAGCCGCCGAUGAUGCUGGCGCCCCGAUUAGAGAAGAAGAACAUGUUGGAGACGAGGAAAGCGCUGAUCUAGAAGAGACGCCAAGAACCGAAAACCCCAAAACUUAA